CGUCGGCCAAUUUUGCCAACAAACAAAACAAAGCACGGGGCGGCGGCAAGUCAUCCUCACUCCUCAGUCACCUCCUCACCCUCUCGGUCGCCGAUGAGCCUGAGCGGCGGCGGCGGCGGCGCGCCGGACUCCCGCGUGGAGACCAUCUCCCGGCUGGCGCAGUGGCGCAUCGACACCCUGGGCUCCUGCUCCUUCCGCCGCUCCGACCCCUUCAAGCUCGGCAUCUGGAACUGGUACCUCUCGGUCGAGAAGAGCCGCUCCGUGUGCAUCCGCCUCUUCCCGGAGCCCGGCCGGGUGGCCAAGGACCAGCCCCCUCUCGCGCGCUUCCUGCUCCGCGUCUCCUGGCCCGGCCCGCCGCGCCGCUCCUGCGCAACCCCUGUGCAAGAGCAUCUUCUCCGAACCAGUGAUGACUUUGUAUGGCAAGUCGAUGCCAUGUCCCAUGGGCAUUUCACAAUCGAUGUUGAGUUUCUGGACCUGAGGAUAGCCACUAACAAUGCUACCGAAUCAUCUUCGUCGAUCUGGCCGAAUGAAGGCAUGGUGCAGAGAAUUGCUGGUAAGAGCACUCUGGGAUGCCUUUCGCGCAUGCUGACAGAGUCAAUCCACACGGACGUGACCAUCAACACGACCAAUGGUGUCCUCAAGGCCCACAAGGCUGUCCUGGCAGCUUGCUCUCCUGUGUUUGAGAGCAUGUUCGUGCACGACCUCAAGGAGGAGUCAUCCACGGUGAACAUCAACGACAUGUGCCUGGAGUCGUGCUCGGCCCUCCUCGGCUUCAUCUACGGGACGAUCGAGCAGGAGCAGUUCUGGAAGCACCGGCUGUCGCUGCUGGCAGCGGCAAACAAGUACGGCAUCGGUGAUAUCAAGGACUGCUGCGAGGAGAGCCUGCUGGAGGACAUCAACUCGAGCAACGUCCUGGAGCGGCUCCACGUGGCGUGGCUGUACCAGCUGGGGAGGCUGAAGAAAGGGUGCCUCAGCUACCUGUUUGUGUUUGGGAAGAUUUACGACGUGAGGGAUGAGAUCCAUAGCUUCUUCCACCACGCGGACCGCGAGCUGAUGCUGGAGAUGUUCCAGGAGGUGCUCAGUGUUUGGAAGCCCAUAUGAUGUGACUGAGGCGUCAAGGUAUUGUGCUUGCAUUUAAGUAAUGUGUAGAGGAAGCUGGCUCUGUCAAUAUCUAUCUGUCUAUCUAUUUAUUUGGUGUGUAGUAUUGUUUGGAAUUUGAAGGGCCGUCAAGAAUUCAGGUAGGUCACUAGGUCAGAGAUGUGUAUGUAUAACAAUCCACGCGUUUAUCCUACAUGUUUGAUUGGAAGAAGCAAGCAAUGCAUGUUGUGCGUGCUGCCUGUCUGUUUGUAUAUGACUGCUAUCUAGAAGCGAGUACUCGAGAAUGAAUGAAUAUGAAUUGGUCUUGUUCUAGAUAUGGAAAAUGGUGGUCGUUGAA